GUUUUUAAAGAUGAGGCUGGUAUUGUACCUAGCACUACUGUGCACUUGUUAUUUUUUGGCAAUAGGAAUCAGUCCUGUUGUAGCUAGGAGACAGAAAUGUUAUUAUGUGGAUGAGAAUAAUAAUAGAUUAUGGCUGGUGUCUUAUCAGAGAGGAAGUAAGAAUCACAAAUCUGUUAAAGAACUGGACAACAAGCAUCAAAAACAUCCAAAAUCAGAAGAAAAUGUUGAUAUUUUGAAUGCUGAGAAUGUUGGAAUGUCACAAACUGUUUACGAACCUAAAAAUCAAAGUCAUCAUGAUAUUUCUAGACCAGAGCAUCAUAAUAGACUUAAAGUGGGUCGAUCGAAGGACACACUUGAUGGACAUACUCCUGAAAAUGAGAAAGGAAAUGAAAUUCAUAGUUCUAAGUCUGAACAUAAAAAUAAAACAGACGUUGAUCCUAAAAUCGAAAUUGUUUUGAAACAUGAACCAAAAAGUGACCCUAAAGAUGACUUUGAACAAAAUAAAAGAGUCAAAUCAGAACCGAACUCAACUAAAGAUCCAACUAUUCUAAAAGAUAAUUCAACUGAACCUAAAGACAAUCAAUCUAAAAUAAAAGACACCCCAAUUCAAUCAACAGACAAACAAACAAACCCAAAAGACAACCAAACCAAGUCAAACGACCAUCCAAGUAUACCUGCAAGAGUUCAUUACCAUCCCAAACCAUCUGACUCAUCACUGAAUAUUAAGUCAAGUCCAAAGAUUCAUUCUGAACAUCCAGAAGAUAAAGCUGAUACUCUUAAACAUAAUAAUGCUCCAAAUAAGUCUGUGGACUCGAAGAAGAGUAAAAUUGUUGAGAAAUCCAAAAAGAGUCACAUUUCUAAGCCGACACAGGCCAAUAAAAAAUCAAAAAAAUCACACUCUUUGCAAGUUGAUGAUUCAAAACAUAUUAAAGAUCAAGUAAAGGACGAAAACUUAGAUUCAAAACAUAAAUCAGACAAGAAUAGUGCAAAAAAUGUUCCAUUAGAAAAAGAUGAAUUUCCGCAAGAACGAUCUAAAAAAGAAGCAAGACCUCAUUUAGAACACACAGAUUCAAAGGACCAAAAUUCAGAAAAAUCCAAUAAAAAGGAUCAAGAAUCGAAUGGUCCAGAUUUAAAAGACAAUGUUCCAAGAAACAAAGACUUAAUUUCGAAUUCAACAGAAGAUUCAAACUUGAAAUCAACAGAUGAGCAUCAAAAACCAAAACAUGUUCCAAAACCAACAGAAAAUAAACAAUCUCAUUCACAUUCCAAGUCACAUGACAAAAAUCCAAAGUCAUCAGAAUUCACACCAACUACAAGCAAAUUAGAAUCAUAUCCAGUUACCAAGAAUCAUCAUGAAGCUCACCAACCUCCUUCUGACGACUCAGCAAAUUCAACAUUAGUACACCAUUCACUUCCUUUAAUAGUCAAUACCUCAGAAACAGAAAUGAAUGAUAUUCAAAAGGAAAUAUCACAUGUGAUUGCAUUUCUACAAAAGUUGGUUACCUAUGGACCAAUUGUUAAUCCUAAAGCUUACACUAAACCACCUAAAUGCCCGGAGUAUUCUGAAAAAAUGGCGAAAUGUGAUUCAAAGUCUGGAAAUGAUUUAGAAAACCAAAAUAAUGAUUCGAAAUCAAAGAAAUCAGAAAUUGUUGAGCCUGGUUUGGAUGUUGGAGAUGUUCAGCCACUUUUAAAACAACAUUCAAUUGAUCCUCAUAUUGACAUUGCUAUUGUGAAUGUUGAGCAGAUACCAUCUAAAGAAACUGUGCAUGAUCCUCCGCUUGAAGCUCUAGAGUUCUUGUCAAACACAAGUGCAGCUCCAAUAGCUUCAAGUCAGCAGACAAAUGAGCCAAAUAUUGAAUUGUUAAUCAAUAGCUCAGAAGAAGUGCAUGACCUUGAUCAAGCAGGAAAUAAAGGCAACAGUGCAAUAGCAAGCGACAGUAAGUCACAACCACAAAGAGAAGUUCAAGAAAAUAAUUCAACUGAUGGCAACAUUCAGCCAGAAAUUAACCAACAGCCAAGACCUAGCAAUCAGUCUGAACUUAAUAAUCAGAGCGUUAAUCCAAUAAUUGAUGGCAAGCAGUAUGUAAAUGCUGUGGGUGAAGGUGUGAAUAGCUCGGAUCCAUUGCACAAUCCAAAGUUUGAGACCAUCUUAGCUUCCAAUUCAGCUCAUAAUCAUACAGAAGGUUCAGAGCCCCAAAAUCAAUCAGAAAUGAUUCCAAUGGUUGUUCCAAAUCAAUCAAAAGAGAAUCUAAGUGACUCUGCAGCAUCUGCAUCCCAAAUCUUAGACUCAGUGACAUCAGAAAAUUCAGACGUUGUCACUAAAUCCUCAGAACCAGAACCAACGACAGAAGCUGAUGAAAAUCUUGUUACAAUUGAUCCCACAGUUCAAGAACAAGCUGUUGAGUCAUCAAUUCAAGUGGAACCAUCAACUCAAAGUCCAGCACCUGCUCCAACACCUGCAAAUCCAUGGCUUAUGCACAUCUUUGGUAAAUUUUCUCAUUUAGUCUACUCGACUUAAAAAGUAAAAUAAAAUGGAGCUUUUAAUGCAGGAAUCGCGAUUAAUUUGAUGAUCAGUCGAUGUGCGAUGUAAAAUUUUUUUUUGUUUCUUUUGCUUAUCAUGUCAACUUAAUGUCAAAUAAUUUGGCUAAGUUUUUUGUUUUGAAUUCUUUUUAAUUUUUUUAAUUAAUUCUUAAUCAAGGUGGGUUUAUUUGGGAAUUGUAGUUCAAGGUAGAGGUGCUUUAAGGGAUCAAACCUCUCUCUUUUGCUUAAAACUGUCUUCAACAUGCUUUAAUUAUUAUCCUUUGUUCUGUUUCUGACUUUUUAACUUCCAAUGUAGAUCCUGAAAAUAUUUAAAUGACCUUUUUAAUUUUUCUGCAUUCCGUACUUGCUCAAGGAUGCAAAUUAAUUCAAAUUUUUCAUUCUGUGCUAAAAGUCUUCAUUUUUUUAUUUUUAUUUUUUUAAGCC